AUGAAGUUCAACACUGCCUUUUGCAUAACUGUCUUUACCAUCUCGGUAACCCGUGCCAUCCCAGUGCCCACCACUGGAUUGACGGCAAGGGGGGCAACUGGAGCCGGAGCUGGAGCGGGAACGGGGGCCGCGACCGGCGGCUUAAAGCCUGCAGGACUUGAAGGCAAGUGCGGUGCCGGCUUCACCUGCGAGGGUUUUGCAAAGGGCACUUGCUGCAGUCAGUUUGGCUAUUGUGGAAGCUCAGAAGCUCACUGCGGCACGGGUUGCAACCCGGCAUUUGGAACAUGUGGUACUUCAAGUGGGGGCGCCAACCCAUCACCCGACGGCAAGGGGAUACCCACCACUUCCCCGGCAGCCGGCAUUGCCCCGUCGACCCCGCCAACCACCGGUGACAACAGCACAGCCACGAAGAAUAAGCCAGUCGAUGCCAACAACCCUCCAGCCACUCCGGAUCCUACUACCCCCAACUCAGAGGGUACUACUGGGACAAGGGCCACUGGCACGGCGAACCCCGCCUCCGGAGCCGCUGGCUCUGGCCCAGCCCAAAGCUCCGGGACUACGCCUCCCGCUCCUCCUCCUCUUACUGUGGAGUCUCCGACGAAACAAAACAACGGCACUGCCACUACGGAUGUUGCCAAGCCUGGUGCAUCCGCCGCCUCGAUAGAGGCCAGCAACCCAGCGAUCAUGACUCCCGCUGCCCCUGCUACUAACGGUACCUUGCCAGCUGCGGGAUCUACUGCUGACAAGGGCUCUCUAGAUGAUGGCAAAAUUGCCCCUGUCGACCCUGCCACGACCGCGGCAUCGUCAACAGACGGAAACAAAACUAAACCGAAUGAGGCUGCAACUACAGGUAGCACUCUUACAACUGACUCUGCAGAUACAGGUUCCGAAUAA